UGGGCCCUUGGGGGAAUGAAAAUAUGAAAUAGAGGAAUAAGAAUUUAUAUAUAUUUUCCUCGUUAUUUUCUCCUCCCAAUAAACACGCUGAGUCGACGUUGGCGAAAGCCCAAAUUUUUAGCUGCCGAGAGAUGGGCAAGUCGUCAACAAUCGGGUUUCUCCUCCUCUGUCUAUCGCUCUCUCUGUUGUUGCAGAAAAGCCGAGCAUCUUCAACAUCACCCCCUUGGGGAAAUCAGGAGUUGGAAGGAUCUGCUGGUGCAAGAACUCUUAAGCAAGAACAGGGGCACAGUCCUGAAGUACAUUGCUCUAGAGAAAGGAGUCGCGCUGCCUGGAAAAUAACUGAGGAGUACCUGAUGCCAUUUGUAGAGAAAGAGCAGUAUCAAAUUUCAAAUAAGUGCAGGCUUCAUCCUGACAAUGACAUGUUCAGAGAUCAGGAGCUGCACAAGAUUCAUAUGGAUGUAAAUGAAUGGCGGUGUGGAUACUGUAAGAAAAGCUUUCGUGCAGAGAAGUUUCUUGACCAGCACUUUGACAACAGACACUCCGAUUUGCUAAAUGUUAGUCAUGGCAAGUGUUUGGCAGAUUUAUGUGGGGCUUUGCAUUGUGACCUUGUUAUGGAUUCUAAGUUGCGGAAGACCAAAUGCAAUCCUGCAGCUGCUGAAAGGAAUCGUCAUCUUUGCGAGAGUCUUGCUGACAACUGUUUCCCCAUUGGUGUGCGCUCAGCAGCAAGCCGUCUUCAUGAAUUGUUCUUACGCCAAUUUUGUGAUGCCCACACUUGCACUGGUCGGCACAAACCAUUUUCUAGAGGGGGCAGGAAACAAGUUAGUGUAUUCUACAUUGCCAUUUCAAUAUUGACUUUGAUGUUGCUGCCUGUGUUCUAUCUUCUUGUCUAUUUACAUAGAAGAGAAAUGAGAACGAGUAUCCAAGAUCUGAAGCGCAUCUCAAAAAUUGGACAGAAGACAAAGCCCUUAUAAUUUGGUCAGGCUUGAGGAGUUGAAGCAUUGGGUGUCAUUCUGGUGAAACAACAAAGGAUUCUGGUUGCAUGGAACUAAAAUUCGAUUUGCUUUGCUUUACCAAAUUUUGCACAUCAUAACUUCAAUGUUGGCCGUUGAGGGUGAAAGAACUGCCUUUGUAUUGUCCAUGCAUUCCUUCAACAGUUCCAUUCCUUUGAAUUCUGUAAAAUUCCUUUACUUGUGCUAUUACCGUAAGAAGAGGAUCUGUUAAAGGAUGCAUCUGCAAGGGCCAAUGUCUCUGGAUCAACAUUCUUCAUGUUUACUUGGGUUGGUCAAAUAACAAUACAGCUUCAGUUGAAAAAUUGGAAAUUGUCAUUUUUAAAUGGUCAAAAGUACCCAUCAAUGUUAGUCCAUUUGUUGACAUGUUAACUGAA